AUUCUAUGGAUAUAGAGGAUAGAUAUAUGCAUGUAAAAAUAUCUAAUAUAAACAAAAAUCACUUGUUUUGGAACAGGACAGUAAUAAAAUCAAAUUUAUCAAAACUACUUUUUAAAUAAAUUGUAUGUAAACUGCAAAGCAACAUAAAACUUGCAAAAACAAGCCUAAUUGUAAAGUGAAUAGUGAAUUUGAAUGUAAAAACCAAAAUGUCUAACCUUAAUGCUGUUGGAAAGUUUGAGUACGAAGUCCACGAGAAAAACCGCCUGGAAACCCUGAAGCAGGUGGGCCACGUGAUAGACACUUCUCCGCCCAUCAGCUACAUCCUGAGGCAGAAGAAGCUCAAUGAACUGAAGUUACAGGAAAAACAGAGGAAAGAUAAAACUGAACCAAAGAUGAUGAAGAAAAUUGAGUUUUACAACGCAGAUGGUGAGAAAAUAGAGCAGAUAAUGAAAGUAUUUCCUAGUUGCUUCCUGGUGGUGCAAGAGUACGGCGGGCCGGUGCUGGGACGCAUCGUCGUGGAACUGAACGGGGCCUGCGCGCCCCAGACGGCCCUCAACUUCCUGACGCUGUGUCGGGGCGAUGCGGGGCUCAGCUACAAGGGCUGCCCCUUCCACUUCGUGCUGCCGGGGAUCCUGUGCAGCGCGGGAGACGUCACCCGGUUCGACGGCCGCGGCGGGACGUCCCUCUACGGCCGGCACUUCUGCGACGAGACCAACGACUUGAAGCACGACGGUCCGGGCGUCCUGUCGAUGGAGUCUCACGGGAGGAACAAGAACGACUCCAAGUUCAACAUCACGUUCAAGGCUUCCUCCAUGCUGAACGGGAAGUUCGUGGUGUUUGGACGAGUUACUUCAGGGCAUAAAAUCCUACAAAAGAUUGAAGACUAUGGAAGUAAGACUGGAGUACCACGAACAGAAGUUAUCAUUUCCAACUGUGGUGAAGUUCUGUAAAGUAUUAUUUUUGCCAAGUUGCUGUAACAUGUCUUCAACUAAACUGUGCUGGUUUUUGCAUAAAGGUUUUUGUGCAUUAUUUUAGACACCUUGUAAUAAUUUUUCCUCUUUGAAUGAAAAUGGUUAUUUUUUCACUUGCGUAUAAAACACUUUAUGGAGAUUAAACUCGUGCAGUAUAAUCAAAA